AUGUCCGCAACAACAGAACAACUAGAGAGAAACUUCACCCACAGAUUCCUCACAUCCCUCCGCCGUAUCAACUCUCCGGACAGCAAAACCACCACCACUCACGCCGCCGGGCUUGUAAUACGUCGUCGUAGCUUGAGAAUCAAGCGGGCCGCCUACUCCUCCAUGGCCCGAGCCGCGGGGAGCCACCGAGCGUGGACACGUGCCCUCCUCUCCCGGGCCAGGAGCCAACGACGACGACAACAACAUGAUGUUCAUCCUAAUUAUAUUCCUCCGGCUCAGCGGAGAAAGAGUAGUGUCAAGAGAGCGGCGGCGGCGGGGAGGGAGAUGGGCCGGGCCGGGAAGCUGAGGGGGCUGGUUCCGGGAGGGAGCCGGAUGGAGAUGGGCCAGCUUUUGGAGGAGACGGCCCAUUACGUGCAGUGUCUCGCCGUCCAGGUUAGGGUGAUGCAGGCCGUCGCCGAUCACUUCUCCUCCUCCUCCUCGAUGUGA